AUGGCUUGGCUUCUUGGUGCUAGUGGAAUAGCAGUUGUUGCAAGUUAUGUUUAUUCAAACUGGGACUGGUACAAGAACAGUGCAAGGCCUGAUUUAGCUUACUUGAAAGCCAUUAAACUCAAGACUUUAGAUGGAUUGGGAAGAGAACUGAUGGCAUCUGACCUUUGGCAAAAUAGUGGAGCAGUCAUAAUGGUGGUGCGACGACCAGGAUGAAACUUGUGCAGAGAGGUAAAAUAUGCUUCUGUUCAAAAUGUUUUAUACAUAUUAUAGUAGUAUUAUACAUGUGUUGAGAGGCAAGGUCCUCCAGCUUUAUAAAAUGCCCUUUAAUUUGAUGCUUGAAAUUUGGGCUUUUUAUUUGGGUUAUUUUGAAAAAAGAAAGGUUUAUGAACUAACAUUGAGCAAUUAAAAACUCUCCAAUGAUAUACAAUACUUGCUAAUAAGAGGUAUCUUGCACUUGAGUGUUGCUUAUUCAUGUCAGCUAGUAUCAUUAUUAAUCUUUCUUUAGGAAGCUUCAGAGCUGUCCUCUCUGAAACCCGAACUGGACCAGAGGGGUGUAAACCUUGUGGGUGUGGUUCAUGAAGAAAUGGGAGUGAAAGAGUUUCAGCCAUAUCUUAAUUCUACAAUUUACCUUGAUGAAGAGGUAAAAUAAGAGCAUUAAACCCGUAUCUGUGAAAUGAAUGUCAUGGACUUUUAAUGACUUUUCUUUUCAUGUACCUUCUGUGUCUCACCAGUUAAAAAUAAUGUGCAUGUUGGUUUAUGAGGGUGAAAGAAGUUCAUGAGAUUAAUUUAUGAAGAAUUACAGACUAAAAAUUCUUUCAGGUAUCUAUUCAGAUCUAGCUGAGCUUUUCCUAAAAAUAAUCAGCUAUUUUUCUGUUCUAAAAUUUUACUUUGAAAAAAAAGUUUUGACUUGGUAUAUUCUACUUACAGGUGAAGAAUUUUACAUCAAAUUUCUAUGUCUGCAGCUAAAUUUGAAAUAAUUAAUUGCUUUGGCAGUUGAGUUAACCAAUUCUUAAAAUGGUAUCUUAUUGUUCUUACCUCAGAAAAAGUUUUAUGGUCCUGAACAACAGUGGAUGUUUCUUACUGGUAAGUUUGCUUGCUAUGCCUGGCUUACAACCAGAUGAGGAGUGUUUUCAUUUACUAAGUUUUAGGAGAUCUACUGCACGAAAUGACCAGUACACAUUUGAAUAAUUAAAAUUGAUCUAAAUUAACCUGAAAUCUUAUAGAAAACAGGCAUUUUCAAUGUGUUUUGUUAAAUUUAUUAUUUAACCCAUUCACACCAAGACAUUAUUUCUCCCUACUGUAUGAAUACAAUUUCAAGCAGCCAAGUAAUGAGAAUAACAACAAAUGUUAACAAGGGAAUUAUCAUUUGAUCAAACACCAAAAGCUCAGAACAAACUUUACAAGAAUUGUAUGAAAGACGAUGAGGAUAAUUUUCACCUUGAGUUAUUGGAAGAGAAAGGGUUAAUAUAUGUAAUUAUGUAGCAUUUAUUGAAAGUGCGCAUUUUUUUUGUUUAAAGACUAAAAAUUUUAUCAGUCACUUUUAGUUACAGUUUUGCCAAGAUAACUUUUUAUAGAAUAAGAAAGAUGGUAAGUUUUUGAGUUCGGUAAAGAAAUGGAGAAAGAUGUUUUUUGUCUUGUCACGAGUGUCAAACAAAGAAAAAUUUCUGGGUCCCCAUGGCCUCAGACCUUUGGAUUUUAUCAUGCUCUGAUGCUCUUCCACUGAGCCACAGAGACAUCCAUGGUGAGCAAGGCCCAUUACAAAGUUCAUAAAUAACACGUAUCCAGCAUAUUGCUAGGAUCAGCGAUGUCAACAGCAUAAUGUUUGUAAAUAGAAUAAGAUAGAUUUUAAGUUUUGAGCUUGGUAAAGAACAUUUCUGGGUCCCCAUGACCUCAGACCUCUGGAUUUUUUCGUGCUCUGAUGCUUAACCACUGAGCCACAGAGACUCCAUGGUGAGCAGGGCCUGUUACAAAGUUCAUAUAUAACAUGCAUCCAGCAUAUUGCUAGGAUCAGUGAUGUCAAUAGAAUAUUGUUUGUUAUUAAAAUAAGACAGAUGGUAAGUUUUGUACUCGGUAAAGAUUUAAGGAGCAGAAAAAUCCAAAGUUCUGAGGUUGGAUUCCUCGUGGGGACGAAGAAUUUCCUCUUUGUCCCACUGUCAUGACAAGACAAGAAACAUCUUCCUCUAUAACUUUUCAUUUAUAUUUUUCAGGAUUGUUACGACCAAGUGUGUGGAAGUCAGCAUUUCGAGCCAGAGGCAAGGGAAUUGAGGGCAACCUUAAAGGAGAGGGACGCCUCUUGGGUGGUGUCUUUGUUGUAGGACCUGGAGAGCAAGGCAUAUUACUUGAUCAUAAAGAAAAAGAGUUUGGUGAUAAAGUUGACCUUCAAGCUGUUAGAGAUGCAGUUUUGAAAAUAAAAUCAAGUAACUAG